GAGACAUUCGUUGUCAAAUCAGAAGAGAGAACUCCUUCUCUAGAUACAUCCCAAUGGCCACUUCUGCUUAAAAAUGUGCAUUUAAUGAACAUUAGGGAUAGUCAUUUUGAAGCGAACACCUGUGGUUACUCACCUUUGCAUCGACCACUCGAGGAACACUUAAAGCACGGCGUCAUCAAUCUAGACAAGCCCUCUAAUCCAUCUUCACACGAGGUUGUCGCUUGGGUCAAGCGUGCAUUGAAUGUCGAGAAGACUGGACACAGUGGCACACUUGAUCCAAAGGUCACCGGCUGUCUCAUCGUCUGCAUUGACAGGGCCACCCGCCUUGUCAAAUCUCAGCAAAGUGCUGGCAAGGUCUACAUCGCUAUUUUCCGUCUGCAUGAGUGCAUAUCUGACGUAAAACGUGUCCAGCAAGUUUGCGAAAAGUUAAAAGGUGCUCUCUUCCAAAGACCGCCGCUUAUUGCCGCAGUCAAGAGACAGCUUCGCAUUCGGACAAUUUACGAUAGCAAGCUUCUGGAAUACGACGCAGAGAAGGGUUUGGGUGUGCUCAAACUUGAUUGCGAGGCCGGUACUUAUGUUCGGACCCAUUGUGUGCACCUUGGUCUUCUACUUGGGUGUGGUGGAGUGAUGGAGGAACUUCGCAGGAUUCGUUCUGGCAUUCUUACAGAAGACGAUAACAUGGUUACUAUGCAUGAUGUUUUGGAUGCAAAGUGGUUUUACGAUAAUCGUAAGGACGAGAAGUACCUGCGUCGCGUUGUUAUGCCUCUCGAGAAGCUGCUUAUCGGGCACAAACAUUGUUCUCAUGACCACCAAGGGCGAGCCAUCGCACAGAUGACCACUGCCACCUUGGCAACGUGUGACCAUGGCAUUGUUGCUAAGCUAAAGCGGGUCAUCAUGGAUCGUGAUCUCUACCCACGCCAAUGGGGUCUCGGUCCGGUGGCUUCUGAACGCAAAAAGAUGAUUGCACAAGGUCUUAUUAGUAAAUUUGGAAAGCCGACUGAAAACGCCGCUGGCGAGGUCAAAUCUGCUGCCGACAACGGUGAAAGCGCACCGGCAGCUCCCUCAUCAUCGGAUUCAAGCGAUUCUGACAGCGAUUAA